UCUAAAAACAAAUUGCCGCUGCCUUCGCUGCGGGGUAAAAUACGCCGUUCAAGAGAAGUAACCGGACCGAUCUCACAUGACAGGAGUGUGAGCCCCAGAUCUGUCAGUCUCCGGUAACAAGCCCUCCGUCUCUCUGUUAGAACAGACUCAGGUUCCAUCUUAGCUGCUCAAUCCGAAAAUGCUCUUCAGGAGGUUGAUAGAAGUGGAACCACCGAGCCCGGUUAGGUACUUUAUCGGAGCGGCGAUAAUGGUGAUUGGAGUUGUAUUGCCCGUCGGAUACAUGAUGUUCCGAAACAAGCGUGUCCCUUCCUCUUCCUCUUACUCCAAACAGACGUAGGAACAAAGUUUUGAUAUAGAGAGACCGAGAAAUGAAAGCUUUGGAUUCGAUUUGUGGGUCAUAACGUAUGAAGAAGAUGAUUGAGAAAAAGGAUUUUACAGACCCUCCAAGUACAAAUGUAAAUUUAUUGGAACUCCUAUUCUAUUAUAUGGGGGGAUUCUAACGUCAUAUUUGCCAAAUGGUAUGUGUGCAUUUCAAAUCA